AAGUCGUUUGCGAUUUCUUACCAUGAAGACCUUCGCCAGCGUCAUCUCCGUUCUUUUGUUCGCCAGCGCCGCCGUUGCUGCACCCACCACGGCCGAUCAGAUCGAGUCUCCCAACCAAUGGGCCAAAUUCGAGAAGCGCAACGUCGCCACGAGCGACGCCGUUUCGGAACCCCAAAACUGGGGAGGGUUGGAGCAAAAGCGUGAACAGGCCAAGAGCGAAGUCGUAAUCAAUUUGGGAGGGUUCGUGCAGAAGCGUGAAGAGGCCAAGGUAAAAGAAUCAUUACAGCGAGCACCGCCUUUUACUAAAUGUCUCAGGUGGACGAUGUCAACCUUUUCUGGAAAAAUGGUACGAAAUCAUCAAACUAGUUUCCGCUUUGGAGAUUGGAAAGUACGGGGAUUUGUGCGGGAGCAAAGUGGAGAAGUUUAUAAAUAUGAAACACGUGACUCAAUUCAGUCGGGUUCACCGCGUGUUGACCGCGUGAAGCUCUUUUUCUAGUCCUUUGUAAAUACAAAUUUUGGUUAGAAUCAUUUGCUGAAACCC